AUGGAUUUGGGAGACACUUAUGAAGAAAGUGAUAAGUUAACGAUUAUGCCUCUUGGGGCUGGUCAAGAAGUUGGAAGGUCAUGUAUACUGUUAACAUUUAAAGGGAAGAAGAUAAUUCUGGAUUGUGGUAUACAUCCUGGCUUACGCAACAGAGAAAGCCUGCCAUUCAUUGAUGCAAUCCCGGAUAUCCAAACGACAGACCUUAUUUUAAUUAGUCACUUUCAUCUUGAUCACUGUGGAGGGCUUCCACAUUUGCUUUUAAAGACUGGAGCUAAGUCAAAAUGUUACAUGACACACGCAACGAAAGCCAUUUAUCGUUAUUUGCUUGCUGACUUUGUUCGUGUUAGCAAUUCUGGUGGCCUACCGGAUCAAUUGUUGUACAGUGAUCGAGACAUAGUAGCUAGCUUAGACCAUAUUGAUACCAUAGAUUUUCACCAAGAACUUGAAGUUAACGGGAUAAAGUUUUCUGCCUAUCAUGCUGGACAUGUGUUAGGUGCAGCGAUGUUUCUAAUAGAAAUUGCUGGUGUAAAAAUUUUAUAUACUGGAGAUUUCAGCCGACAAGAAGAUAGACAUUUAAUGUGUGCUGAAAUUCCGCCUAUACGCCCAGACGUUCUGAUAACCGAAGCUACUUAUGGUAUCCAUAUCCAUGACAAACGAGAAGAAAGAGAAGCUAGGUUUACUAGCUUAGUUCACGAUAUUGUCACUCGUGGAGGGCGCUGUUUGAUUCCAGCAUUCGCACUUGGCAGAGCCCAAGAAUUAAUGUUGAUUCUUGAUGAAUAUUGGGACAAUCAUCCAGAACUGCACGACAUACCCAUUUAUUAUGCCAGUCAGCUCGCACGGAAAUGUAUGGCAGUUUACCAAACGUAUAUUUAUGCCAUGAACGAACGAAUUCGCAACCAGUUAGCAAACAACAAUCCAUUCUGUUUCCGACACAUAUCCAAUUUAAAGAGUAUUGAACAUUUUGACGAUUCUGGUCCAUGUGUGGUUAUGGCCAGUCCUGGAAUGAUGCAAUCUGGUCUUAGUCGAGAGUUAUUUGAGAAUUGGUGCACAGACAAACGUAAUGGAGUAAUUAUUGCAGGCUAUUGUGUCGAGGGUACUCUGGCGAAACAAAUUUUAUCUCUACCGACUGAAGUACCUACAAUGUCAGGUCAAAUGUUACCACUGAAAUGUUCAGUAGAUUAUAUUAGUUUCUCUGCUCAUACUGACUAUCAACAGACGAGUGCAUUUAUCAGAGAAUUAAAACCAAGCUAUGUCGUAUUAGUACACGGAGAACAAAACGAAAUGUUACGGUUAUGUGGGGCUUUACAAAGGGAGUAUGAAGAUGAUGAAACAUGUAGACUGGAAAUAUUUACACCUAAAAACUGUGUCCCGGUUAAUCUACGUUUUCGUGGUGAGAAAGUUGCUAAAAUUUUGGGCAGUCUUGCCCAUUGUGCUCCUAAAGAAGGUCAAACUAUUUCAGGAGUACUUGUAAAGAAAAAUUUCGCAUAUCAUAUUUUAACACCUGGUGAAUUACCGACAUACACUGAACUAGCUACAACUGUAGUAAAUCAAGUCAUUUCUAUUCCAUUUACUGGUAGUGCUAAUCUUUUGAAAUUUCAUUUGGCUUUACUUGCUGGUAGCGUGGAAACGGUAUCUCAAAAAUCAGAUAAUGUACAAUAUCGUGUAUUUGAUGCAAUUAAUAUUACUUGGCGACCACAACAGAUAACUAUGGAAUGGCAAUCCAAUCCUACAAGUGACAUGUAUGCGGAUGCUGUACAGAAUGUUAUUUUACGUGCUGCUAUGCAAGGAAUGCCUCCUAGAGGUUUACCUCAUCUUAUUGAACCGAACAAAGAACAAUUUCGAUCUGCCCUCGAAGUAGCACUUCAAGAUGCAUUCGGUAUUGACUGUUUAGAAGAAGAGAUAAUUAAGCCUGAUGCUAAUCAUGUUAUAGUGCAUGUUGAUUCUCAUGUCGCUGAAGUGAAUCUAUGCGAUUUAUCCGUCUCGUGUAAAACUAAUCCAAGAUUGGAGCAUAUUCUUCAAGUUAUGGUCAAUCGAUUAAACCACUGUAUUUCAGCUAUGUGAAUAUCACUGUGAAUUAAUUAUUUUGUAAAUUAUAAUCUUUUCCACAGAAACUUUUUCUUGUUACAAUCAUUUUUUUCAAGCCUUUAUGCGUAGUCGGAAAAUUCAGCUAAUUAGAGGGCUAGUCUAUGAAUAAAAUUAAUCUGACAUCUUUAGUGACUAUAGUAAUAUGGCAAUCUUAUUCACAUUUUUUAAAAUGAUUUAAUUACAAAUAUCGCAUGUGAUCUGAAGCAACAAGUUUCAACAAUGAAGACUAAGUGAUAAGGUACUUUGUGGUUAAACCGAGUCACUCUAAAGUGUCAACACUUCUUACUGUAUAGAUUACUAACUACAAUGAUCGAGUAAUGGAGCUUUCAGAUCUCUGUUAGAGUCUGUCUGUGAGAUGUUAUUCUCACUAGAUGUUUUUUUUAUUUAGAACGUCGACUCACUUAG